CUAAUGGAGGGCUACAGUUAGCAGCCGUAACGAAUAUUUAAUGACGUGACAGGAUGCUAAUCACGUAGUCCCGUGUCACGAGGCGAGGUGACUGUCGCGUGCUGUGGCAGACAUUUGAGACGGCGACAGCUUUCACACACAAUGAAAGCGAGAAGUGCGCAGACAUUCGAUCUAGUUCCUGGACGGAGGAGGAAUGGCAACCGUUACGAAAACAGGGGACGCAAAUCAAAACUACGUAGGAUACACACGCGUUGCGUAACCGUACUAGAUUGACAGGGACAGCAACUCGUGUAGGCGCCACGUGGACUUCACACAGUUAAUUUGUGAUGCCAGGGACGAAACCCAAUAAAGCACAAUGCAACCACGAACUAAUAUCCGCCUGGAGAGCUGAAGAGCCCUGACCCUGCUUGUCGUCACGCUUCAGCUGCUCGAAGGUCCCUCUUCUUUUCGGGACUGGACAGCACCUCCCCCUUGACUUCCUCCCCCCCCCCCCUUUCUUCACCUUCUUUCUUCGCGCACGCGCAGUCCUUUGGUGCGUUUUUUUCUGUCGUCUUCAUCCAGCAGCGGACCGUGCCGGACGUGUGGAACGGUGUUAGACCGUGGCCCUGAUAGCCGUGUUUUUCUCUCCGUCAAUCGACCUGUCAUAAGCCGUUCGGAUUCAUUGAGCUUGAAGAAAGGGUUUCGCAUCUUGUCUGUUCCAAAUUUAUUGAAACAAGGACAGCGGUUGGAUAAAUGUGCACCAGAGGAAACCAGUGACAUCACAAAAGACAUGUCCCACUCAUGUUGUCCUUCUAUCCAAGAUGAUGUACAAAAGCAGCAGAGACCAUGGAAAAAACAUGCUGACCUGGAGAAAGAUAACGGCUUUCCGAUUGUAGGGUCCAAGCCAGCUGGAUCCGCUCCCACAUUCUAUCUUUCGCAAUCUCCCCUGACCCACUUGUCCUUCAGCAAUGUGCUCUCCCUGGCUAGUGAUGUCCACGACCUUCGCAAGUCAUCCAUCAUCUCCACCUCCUCAGUUUCAUCUCUAGGCAACCAGAGCAGCAUGAACUCAGAUUCUGAAACUGCAUCCUUAGGUUCUGUGGGCACCGGUGAUGACCGCGAGGUCACCACGAACGAUGAUGCGGCAGAUCGACAUGGCAUGCAGAAAACGCAAGCUGGACCAAGAGCCGUGCACUUCAACCUGACCUGUCCUCAAGAUCUCUGCAACAUCCAGAAACUCGACACUUACAGAGACUGCCUGAGCCCGCUGGGCUCCAGCCGCUAUCGGACGGCAAGCCUGGGCAGCUUGUCGGAUGCCGAGGUGGUGACAUCACAGGCCCACGACCCUUUUGUAGCCAGCCUGUUCAACAAGAUCGGGCGACUGAGCGCUGGCGGAGAGCUUCAUGACCCCCUGCGCAACGUCACGCAUGUGUGUCACGUGUACAAAGGCCUGUUGGCAGUCACAGACGUCCUGGGCGGCCGCAUUGCUUUCGUCGGCCGCAGCGGCCGUGUCGUCAGCAACUUCGUAACAGAGCCCAGCUCCGAGCCGUGGAGUUCCUGCGUCACACCCAACGGCUACCUGGCCGUUGCGUUGAGGCGCCAGAGCUGCGUGACGGUGUGGUCUGGCAAGGGCAGCCUCGUGCGGGAGUUCGGCUACGGCUUGCUGACGUGUCCCACCGGCAUCGCCUGCGAUCGACGCGGGAGGUUCGUGGUGACGGACGACAAGACCAACAUGGCGGCCCUCUUCACGAAUUCGGGAGAGUUUAUCACCUACCUCCGCGGUCCCGGGCGGGUCAGGAUCAGUAGCGACAAAGAAAUCGACAGAGAUGGCCAACAUUUUAACGGGAAGAAGCCCUCCGCAGUUACGUUUCACAUUGCAAAGGAGAAUAACCGUACGUCCAGUCCCACUGGAAAUGCCGGCGAUGACUCGAUUGGUACACCAUACAUCUUCUCGCAGCCUCGCUACGUCUGCGUGACGGCCAGCGGCAAAAUCGUGGUGUCCGACGCCGGAAGUCACUCCCUGAAGAUCUUUGACCCCGACGGCAACUUCUUGCACGCCGUGGGCAGCUACGGCAGCGGCGACGGGCAGCUGAAGGCGCCUUACGGCGUCUGCUCGGACCAGCAGGAGAACAUCUUCGUCGCCGACCACUACAACAACCGUGUCAGCGUCUUCACCAUCGACGGCAAGUUUAUACAGCACGUCCUGACGUCAUCUUCCGGCUUGUCCAGACCCAAAAGCGUAGCCGUGCGCUCUGCGCACCACCGGAAGCUGUACGUAGCGCACGGAGGACUGCGCUCCACGGAGGUGUUAAUGUAUCGUCUGCUAGCGAAACACAACCGUAAUAACAUUGUCACGGUGAAAUUCGAUGUUUGAUGCAUCCUCCUUUAAAUAGCUAGAUCGGGCUUUCGUUUUUACUUUUUAAAACAAGCUUCUGUCCUAAAACAGUGAUGCUAAUCUAUGAUGCUAACAGUGAACAAUGAAAACAGUUAUGCUAAUGCUAAUUUAGCUCCACCUAAAGUACUAAAAAUAUUUAUAAUUCAGCUUUGUAUAUUUGUAUCAUAUGGAAAUACUAUAAGCAGUGCGACGCAUGAUAAUUGUGGAGAUACAACUUUGAAGCCUGAAAAUGAUGUGAAAAUAGAUUGUAAUGUGCGUAUGAUAUACCUUAAAAUCUGUACAUUUAUUCCGGUAUAACAAUACGAAUGUUAGCAGUAAGAGCCAUACCCGUAGCUUGGAACACCGGUGUUGUGCUUUUUGUUGGUUUGUUUCCUUCUUUUUUUUUCUUGCAUGUUUGUGCCGUCGGUUUGUCUCAUGUUUGACAACGAAAUCUUAUACUGACUUAUAGGAUCUUUAACGACAAAGGAUUGAAAAAAGAGGAAGAGACAGAAAGGAGAGAGGCAAAUUUGUUUUCGGUGUCAGGAGUUUUUCAGUUGGUGGUGAUGGUAGUGGUGGCGGUGGUCGACGUGAGAUUCAAGUGCACUACACAUGCUGUUUUCCGAAAAUUAAAGGAUUUCGAAAUAUUUUUAUUGCUAUCAGUCUAAAUAUAUCUUUCUUUUAA